UUUGCGCCUCCCCUGCCUGCCUGGGAGCUGGAGCUGGAUUAUGGUGGCCUGAGCAGCCAACGCAGCCGCGGGAGCCCGGCGCCCUUGUCCCUUCCCACGCCGCCAACCCCUCCAGGAGGACCGGGAAAGCAGCCGGAGCCCACCUGCCAUGCCUGCCCCUCCCAGACCCCAGAGGACGCCGAGCCCGCGGCCGCGGCCGGCCACCCAGAUGUAGCUGGGUCCCGGGUCCCCAUCGCUCGCUCUUCUCGCUCGCUGCGGAUUUCGAAGGCCUGGACCCCGGGACUGGCUAGAGGGCCUGCAGGCUCUGGGGUCCUGAUGCCUCCAAGUCCCCUCUCCUGAGAGAAGCCACCACCGCCACCAGGUCUUAGGGGCAGGCCACAGGGACGAUCGUGGGCCGGAUUGAGCCCAGCAGGCCCGGGCCCACCAUGGCCCCAGCCCUGCCCUGGCUCCUGCUGUGGGUGGGCUCCGGGAUGCUGCCUGCCCAAGGCACCCAGCACGGCAUCCGGCUGCCCCUGCGCAGCGGCCUGGCGGGGCCCCCUCUGGGGCUGCGGCUGCCCCGGGAGACCGACGAGGAGCCAGAAGAGCCCGGCCGGAGAGGUAGCUUUGUGGAGAUGGUUGACAACCUGAGGGGCAAGUCCGGCCAAGGCUACUAUGUGGAGAUGACGGUGGGCAGCCCCCCACAAACGCUCAACAUCCUGGUGGACACAGGCAGCAGUAACUUUGCAGUGGGGGCGGCCCCCCACCCUUUCCUGCAUCGCUACUACCAGAGACAGCUGUCCAGCACAUACCGGGACCUCCGGAAGGGUGUAUAUGUGCCCUACACCCAGGGCAAGUGGGAGGGGGAGCUGGGCACCGACCUGGUGAGCAUCCCUCAUGGCCCCAACGUCACUGUGCGUGCCAACAUUGCUGCCAUCACUGAAUCGGACAAGUUCUUCAUUAAUGGCUCCAACUGGGAAGGCAUCCUGGGGCUGGCCUAUGCUGAGAUCGCCAGGCCUGAUGAUUCUCUGGAGCCCUUCUUUGACUCCCUGGUGAAGCAGACCCAUGUUCCCAACCUCUUCUCCCUGCAGCUCUGUGGCACUGGCUUCCCUCUCAACCAGUCUGAGGUGCUAGCCUCUGUUGGAGGGAGCAUGAUCAUUGGGGGUAUCGACCAUUCACUGUACACAGGCAGUCUCUGGUACACACCCAUCCGGCGGGAGUGGUAUUAUGAGGUGAUCAUUGUGCGGGUGGAAAUCAAUGGACAAGAUCUGAAAAUGGACUGCAAGGAGUACAACUACGACAAAAGCAUCGUGGACAGUGGCACCACCAACCUUCGUUUGCCCAAGAAAGUAUUUGAAGCUGCAGUCAAGUCCAUCAAGGCAGCCUCCUCGACAGAGAAGUUCCCAGAUGGGUUUUGGCUGGGGGAGCAGCUGGUAUGCUGGCAAGCAGGCACCACCCCUUGGAACAUUUUCCCAGUCAUCUCACUCUACCUCAUGGGUGAGGUCACCAAUCAGUCCUUUCGCAUCACCAUCCUUCCACAGCAAUACCUGAGGCCGGUGGAAGAUGUGGCCACGUCCCAAGACGACUGUUACAAGUUUGCCAUCUCACAGUCCUCCACGGGCACUGUCAUGGGAGCUGUUAUCAUGGAGGGCUUCUACGUUGUCUUUGAUCGGGCCCAAAAACGAAUUGGCUUUGCUGUCAGUGCUUGCCAUGUGCACGAUGAGUUCAGGACGGCAGCAGUGGAAGGCCCUUUUGUCACUCUGGACAUGGAAGACUGUGGCUACAACAUUCCACAGACCGAUGAGUCGACCCUCAUGACCAUAGCCUAUGUGAUGGCUGCCAUCUGUGCCCUCUUCAUGCUGCCACUCUGCCUCAUGGUGUGCCAGUGGCGCUGCCUCCGCUGCCUCCGCCAUCAGCACGAUGACUUUGCUGAUGAUAUAUCCCUGCUGAAGUGAGGAGGCUACAGGCAGAAGACAGAUUCCCCUGGACCACAUCUGGGUGGAGACACAGGUGGCACCUGUGGCCAGAGCACCUCAGGACCCUCGCCUCCCUCGGCCACCAAAUGCCUCUGCCUUGACAGAAAAGAUAAAGAAGCCAGCAAGGGGGGUUACAGGGCUUGCACCUGCAGGAACCAGGAGAGGAAAGAAAGAAGCACUGGUGGCAGGAAUACUCUUAGUCACCUCAGACUUGAGUUAAGAAAUUCUGCUGCUUGAAACUUCAGCCCUGAACUUUUGCCCACCAUCCCUCUAGAUUCUCCCACCCAAAGUAUUCUUUCCUUACUUCCAGAAGCACUAGCAUCACACCCAGGUUACCCUGUGUGUUUCUCAGUGGUACCAGGCAGAGAGAAGGCCAAUCUCAUUUUCCUACUGGCCAAAGUCAGCAGGUGAAGAUGCAGUUUGCUAUUUGCUUUAGAGAGAUAAGGACUGCAGAAACAAACCUACACUGGUGCAAAGACUGCUUCCUGAAUUAAACAAAAACCAAUGGCAUGGAAUAUUUGUACUCAUGGGGACAGUCAGGAAGAGGAGAGAGAGUACAAAGACAGGGAGCAGUUGGUAUCAAAGUGAGGAAAGGCAGAAACACAGACACUCUCCAGUCCCAGUUUUAGACCUCAUCUCCAAGACAGAACCCCAUCACUCAAGAUGGUUGUCCUUUUCCAGUGUUUCUGUUGUCAAAACCUGAACAGAAGUGAGACAGGAAGAAGGGCUUAUGCAGCCAAAGAGCUCUUUUUAAAAGCUCUCUUAAUUGAAAAGUGCCCACAAAGAAGUUCUGCUGAACAAAUGAAUUCCCUACCUUAUAAUUACACUUGUCUCUACCUGCACCCUUUCUUCUAUGUAUGAUAGGUGGCACUAAAACAUCCCAACCCCCAAAGCCUCAGAUGCCCUGUGGGAGAGCAGGUGGAAUGUGGCAGGGCUGGGCAUUGUCUUCCUGAUCACAGGCUCACUACUUCCCCUAAUCCUAUUACUCUGGAGCUUUCAGCUGAGGUGCUAAUGGCAUAAAAAGGAGGCCUCUCCUACCUAAUCUUUGAAAGCAGGAUCCUGAAGAUUCAUUCAACAGGUUUAGGGUUGAUGCGUUAUACUGCUGCUGGAUUUCCUGAUCAGCAGUGUAAAAGUACGGAGAGAUUUCAUUACUUUCCCACCACCUCUAAUGGCCCUCCAUUUUUUUGGCUAAGGCAUCACAAACUGGCUAGUAUUACAUCAGGAAUGUAAGAAAUAGAGGGCUAUCUGGCUUUAAGUCAUUGCCUUCAAUAUCAAGGCUGCCUGGAGAAAGGACAGCAGCCUUAGGGCUUCCAUUUUUCCUUCUCUACUUUUCCCUGCUGGAGGCCAUCUUCUUUUCCUUUCCUGUUCGCUGCAACCCAUUCCCAAUAGUACAUGGGUACCCAGGCUGGUUCUUGGGCUAGGUAGUGAGGCCGCAUUCAUUCCCUCCUUGUCAGUUCCAACACAGUGGACUGUGAUACCAGUGUUAGUGGGAAACAGCUGAGUUCUCUCCCAGGAUACCUGCUGCAUCCUAUUCCUAUUUGGUCUACACAUUACUUCCAAGUAGAAGACCUGUCAAGGAUGGAAUUACCUGAUGAGAUAGAGAAAUAUAAGGAGGGCCUCUGGAGUUGCUGGCCUCAGCCAGCUGCCCACAAGCCAUAAAUCAAUAAAAUAAGAAUACUGAGAGUCACAGGUUUUUUUUUUUUCUUCCCUUGGGUUCUCCUCCUUCCCACUGCUCUUGGUGCUGCUUUGGCUGACUGGGCACACAACUAUAAAAACUGACGGGAAGACUGGAGACUGUCUACUUCCAGCUCAGAACUUACAGUGUAAAUAAACUUCCAGCAUUGCUACCGUGAAAUGAAAAUGCCACAUUCUGCUUUAUAAUUUAUACCUGUGGGGAAAACUGGCUUUUCUCCAGCUCUUUCUGGGACAUAAAACUCAACUCAGUCAUUGGUAACUCCCAUUGUCCUACUGUUUGUUUGUUGUUUUUUAAGAGAAAAUUUGCAUUUAUUUUUCUUUUUACAGUUACUUCCUUUUUACCCUGAAACUAUUAAUUCUAAAUGUAAAAAAAAAAAUCUUAAGACAGCUUUUUGCUUGUAAAAAUAUGUAUUAUAUAGCUCUAUUUUUAAAUUCUAUUCCUGAAAAAAGACUGUCCCUUCUCCACACACUACAUUUGAGGCCUUUGCCAUUGGUCUACAUAUAUUGAAGCAUGGCAGGCCUGUGAGCAGAGGAAGGGAGAAAAAGAAUGGCCAAAACUUAAGUGGGGCUUUUUAUUGAUCCUGAACACAGAAGAGAAAAGCAUAAUAAUGAUAAGGCCCAGCUCCCACGUACAACUCUUCAGGACACUUACCCUCCGGCUUGGAGUUGGCUUGCCAGGGGCUUUCUCUGGGAAGCGGCUGUACUCCCUACUCAUCCCUCCUUUUUCUCUCUCUCUACUCCUUUGGAUUCAAAGAUUUUUUUGGAAAAGAAACAAUAUUCUUUACACCCACUUCCAAUUUCUGAACUUUGAGAGGACACUGAAAGAUUCUAUAAAGGUAGUCCAAGACUACUGCAAAAUUGAAGGGAGGAAAAAAAAUCUAAGAUUACUAGAUUAAAAAUUAAUUCCCCAGAUGAAAAAAAACAAAGGAAUUGCUCUUCCAUUUUGAUACAUUUACUGUUCAUGGCAGUACCAAACUGGAGACCUUAUUAUUUCAUUAACCAAAGAAAGCAGGCCAUCUGACUUCUAAAGAGUUGAGUACUAGACUAGAGGUGUGGCUCAAGUGGUAGAGCACCUGCUUUUGCAAGUUAGAAGCCCUGAGU